GCAGGUGGUGUGUGUUGUGUGUUCGAUAGCGAGACUGAAGCUUAGUAAGAUGACAAGGUAGUUAAGGAAAUCCAUUUGCCUUGGUUCACGUUUUUUCGCUGCACUUAAUUUUUGCAUUAUGUGCCAAUAUUUUUGUCAAACACCGGGAGAUGGACGUCCCCUUGAAAAAGACACUUUCUGUUACACAGUGCUGCAUUGAGUGAAACCGAUGUGUGGUGAAUUACGGGUGCUAUUUACGCAUGCAUUGAGAAAAAAAGACAGCAUACUGAGAGUAUUUUUUCUGUCACCGAAAACCUUGGAUGAAUACCACCGAAUCACUGUAAGGCAAGUUCUCCAGUAUUUUCCUCGUAUAAUUAAUGAAACUUCACAGUGCUGUAUAUCGGUAGCUACUGUAUUUUUUUUAGGUGGUCGUGCCUUUUGUUUUGAUUUUGAGACAUACUGCGGAGCCGUAGCACGAUGAAGCACGUCUGAGAGGAGUUCUGGAGAAAAAAUGUGGAAGCGUUGUUAUAAACAUAGAGAAAAUAUAGAGGCCUCGUCCUUUCAGGGCCCAAAUCUGAAUGGAAAAAUGAGGAAAGGAGCAAAUGACCAGCAUGAAUAGAAUCCGGAUAGAAUGGAACCAGACCAAACGAGAAACAGACAUUGCAUCAAUGACCGCGAUUUUGGCAAGUUUAAAGUCGCCCAGAACAAAAAGAAGUAGCUUGCCUUUCAGUAGAAGAAUUACAACUGAUUCCCCCUCCACAAUAAAGGAGGAGUAGCCUGCCGCAUUUAAACCCUCUCAUCUUCCCGCAUUUACUUUUACCUUUGUUUUCUUUGUUUAUUGGAUUUUUGAAAUCUGUAUUCAGCUCUGAAAUUGUUCAAUGGAAGUAUGUUAUCAGCUACCAGUGUUGCCUCUAGACAGGCCGGUUCCUAAGCAUGUCCUUAGCCGGAGAGGAGCCAUCAGUUUCAGCUCGAGCUCGUCUCUCUUCGGCGCUCCGGACCCAAGACAGCUGUCACAGAGACGAGGGGCCAUCUCGUAUGACAGCUCCGAUCAGACUGCUCUGUACAUUCGUAUGUUAGGAGAUGUGAGAGUGAGAAGCCAGGUGGGAUUUGAACCAGAAGGAAGAGAUUCUUACCCAUACCUGUGCAUUGACUUCCGAACACUACACUCUUGCUCUGACCCACCCUGGGCUUCUGGUUCUGUCCCUGGUCCUGGCUCCAGUUCUGCUGGGCCUGUGUCCGGCAGACGGCUGCGUAGGCUGCUCAGCUUCCAGAGGUACCUGCACUCGUCCCGUCUGCUCCGGGGAACCCCCCACCUCAACCCCCUCCACAUCCUGGAUGAGGACUACACUGGACAGGCCAAGUGUAUGCUGGAAAAGGUGGGGAUGUGGAAUUUUGACAUUUUCCUCUUCGACCGCUUAACAAAUGGAAACAGCCUGGUGACACUGACCUUCCACCUCCUCAACCAGUAUGGUCUAUUGGAGCUGUUCCAGCUGGACAUGAUGAAGCUGUGGCGCUUCCUGGUCAUGGUACAGGAGGACUACCACAGCCUCAACCCGUACCACAAUGCCGUGCACGCCGCUGACGUCACACAGGCCAUGUACUGCUACAUGCGCGAACCCAAGUUGGCCAAGUCCCUGACCUCCUGUGACCUCCUCCUGGGUCUACUGGCAGCGGCCACUCAUGACCUGGACCAUCCGGGAGUGAACCAGCCCUUCCUCAUCAAAACCAACCACUACCUGGCCAAGCUCUACAGGAAUUCAUCCGUUCUGGAGAACCACCACUGGAGAUCUGCCGUCGGCCUGCUCCGGGAGACGGGCCUGUUCUCCCACCUGCCUGCCGAGGACGGGCUACAGAUGGAGCGCCAGUUAGGCUCCCUGAUCCUGGCCACUGACAUCAGCAGACAGAACGAGUACCUGGGGAAAUUCAGAACACACCUGGACCAGGACGACCUGUGUCUGUCCAGCGCCGCCCACAGACACUUCAUCCUCCAGAUGGCGCUGAAGUGUGCAGACAUCUGCAACCCCUGCAGACCCUGGGAGCUGAGUAAACAGUGGAGCGAGAAGGUGACGGAAGAGUUCUUCCACCAAGGAGACAUUGAGAAGAAGCACAAGCUUGAGGUCAGCCCACUGUGUGACAGCCAGAGCAACUCGAUGGAGAACAUUCAGAUUGGCUUCAUGACGUAUGUGGUGGAGCCUCUGUUUGCGGAGUGGGGCCGGUUCUCUGACACCCGUCUCUCCCAGACCAUGCUGGGCCACCUGGGGCUGAACAAGGCUAGCUGGGGUGGGCUUCUUCAGCAGGAGCAGGGCUCGAGCACAGAGGACCUGGAGGCUAGCGGCUGUGCCUCUGUAGCCAUGCCAACGCCUGCCGUCGCAAAGUCAGAACCAGAGCCCGCCUCUGCGGAACCUGACGCCAUCGCCACGGCAACAGACAUAGGAGAAACCAACUCACAAACCGACAACAAAAUAAUACCUCAGGGAAGCGAAGAGUCUUGACACUCUGCAUUUGCCCUUGGAACUCUAACCCCUGACCUCUUAUCCCCUGGCCUGACAGCCUCACCACAACCUGGGGAGAAGGUGGGAGGGGUGGAGGGGUAAAGAUUUAAAACAGUCCUCCUGCCAUUGUCCCACCGGGACCUUCACGUUUUUGUUGCUUUUGCAUCCCACAUUUGACAAACCACUGAUUUAAUGUAAUUUAUUUAAUUUUAAUUCCUUUCCUUGUUGACAGAGCAAUACAUAGAUACCUCAUUUGGCUACUGCUGUAUUGUUUUUUUCUUUUUAUUGGCUUGUUUUAUUUAUUUGUCCUUUUCUCCGUACAUUUUGGCGUUAAUAACUGAACACACCACUAUUUGGAUGGCAAAACGAAUCUUAGGAAAUGACAGUAACUGAAGUAUACACUUUUCUAGUUGAAGUGCCAAAUUCAAAUGAAGUUUUUUUAGGAAGCUUUGGAAGAGGUAUGAAGCACCUUGAGUAUUGCGAGGGAAGACUCUCUAAAGACAGCACAGAGAAGCUGUGUUGUGUGUGUUGAUGCAUUUCUGAUGAAUCUUCUUCCUCAUGUACAAAAUGAUAAUGUGACAAGCCCAGUCCUUUUGCUGCCUCUAUGAAGACUGUUUACAAAUGUGUCUCUGUGUGUUUCGUAUGUCCCUGUUGUCACUUUGAAUUGAAUCAUUUCGGUUCCGCAAUAUGCCUUCAAAGCACAGAUGCGAAAGAACCACUAGCCGCGUCUGAACUUUCGCCCACUGUUGAAGUUUAGAGCAAAGCCUCUGUCUAACAAAACGGUCACAUAGACCGGACACCAGGCGCCAUAAAGACACACCACCUGUGCUCCAUUGUAUUCCUUCCCUUGCACUCCCAAAAGGCAUUUGGAGAUAGGAUAAUUUUUUUUUGUUCUGAGAGAACUUGGGACAGACAUAAUGGUAUUCUGAUAUUCUAGAUUGUAGAAUGGAACCAACAUUAACAAGCAUUGUGGUUCUACUUUACUGUAGAUUGUGGGUUACCUUUAGAGUCACUCAUAGCGCGCGCGCAGCCCGCCUAAACUCCAACACAACUUGCUCAGGGUUUUGCCAAUCUCUGGUCAGUAGGAAGGAAGGUUCUUGUCGUGGUUUAGCUAGUUGGUAGAUACAGCACCAUUUAAAAGUUUGGGAUCACUUAGAAUUGGCCUUGUUUUCCAUGAAAAGACACAUGAAAUAAGUUUGAAUAGGAAAUAUAAUAAUUGACCAAGUUAGAAAUAAUGAUUUUUUUUUUAUUUAAAUAACUUUGCUUUCGUCAAAGAAUCCUCUAUUUGCAGCAAAUACAGCCUUGUAGACCUUUGGCAUUCUAGUUGUCAAUUUGUUGAGGUAAUCUGAAGACAUUUCACCGCUUCCUGAAGCUCCUCCCACAAGUUGGAUUGGCUUGAUGAACACCUCUUACAUAUCAUACCGUCAAGCUGCUCCCACAACAGCUCAGUCGGGUUUGAGAUCCGGUGACUGUUCUGGCCACUCCAUUAUAGACCGAAU